AUGGCACCGCCCUCAAGCGCGCAGGCACCAUCAAGCAUCCCGAGAGCACGCAGCCCGACUCCCACCGCCUGCCAACCCUACUGUGCGGUGCCACUGUGGGAUACCUUGCUGAUGGUAGUGGUACACCUGGAAAGAACUGUGCACUUCCGGUGCGCGGUCGCAGUGCGCCUGGUAACCUGCACAGACAUGUGUCGCAAAGCCGAUGUCGCUCAAAGCAGCUCCAGAUACACUUGUGACAAGUGCGACGGUCCGCAUCCCACAGAAAGGUGUCCGCAUUUCGAAAAGGACAGGGAAGAGCACAAGGACGCUUGGGUGAAUUAUGGAUGCAAGAAUGAUCCGCAUCAGAUGGGUGGCAACCCGGGCAACUUCGUACUGAGGAAUGCUGCUGUGGUUCGCCAGUCGGGGGAUGGUAGCUGCUUGUACCACUCACUCAGCUACGGUCUCGGAAAUACAGAUGCCACAAGUCUUCGCGUCGAGCUUGCACUUUUCCUCAAGCACAUGCCCGGCCUGGAGAUCGCCGGUGACUCCUUGGAGGAAUGGGUGCGCUGGGACUCAAACCUGUCCGUGGACGAGUACGCCAGGCGUCAGAGCACGGCCGGCUGGGGAGGUGGCAUCGAGAUGGCGUGCUGCUCGCAUAUGAAGAACAUAAACGUCCACGUCUACACGAGCGUUUCCAGGAGCUCUUCUGACUUCAAGCGCAUCUCGUGCUUCAAUGCUCCAAAGCAGGAUCGCCGCGUUCGCACCAUCCAUGUGCUCUACCAAGGAGGACUGCACUACGAUGCUUUGCAGACAUGA